AAAUUCCAACGUUUUGAACUCUCAUAAAUAACAUCGACAUAAACAACUAAAAAAAUAAAAAAUAAAAAUAUGGCGACUGCACAGAGUGAGAGGAUAUUCGUCCUCCCGGGCGAUCAGAUAGACCCCUCCUUAAUCCCAUCUCAUCCCAAAAAAGCCCUGCGGCUCGGCCCGGGCCUCAGACACAUCCCCCCCAACGAGCUGAUACCUACCGUUGCCGGCCAGCUCGUCACGGACCCGAGGAAGAACUCGAUAUGGGUCGAGUAUAACGGAGGACGAUACAUACCGACGGUCGGUGACCUCGUCAUCGGAACCGUCCACCACUCGGCGACGGACUACUUCUACGUGACGCUGUCGAGCUACACGUCGAACGCCGUGCUGCCGCAGCUCGCGUUCGAGCUGGCGACGAAGAAGACGCGGCCGAACCUGAGCCCGGGCGCGCUGGUCUACGCGCGCGUGUGCCUCGCGAACCGGCACAUGGACCCGGAGCUCGAGUGCGUGUCCCCGAGCACGGGCAAGGCCGAGGGCCUGGGCCCGCUGAACGGCGGCAUGCUGUUCGACAUCUCGCCCGGCAUGGCGCGGCGCCUGCUGAUGCGGCGGUCCGUCGAGGAGGGGAAAGUCGUCGUGCUGGAGGAGCUCGGGUCCGCGGGCCUCGCCUUCGAGACCGCGGUCGGCAGGAACGGGAAGAUGUGGGUGAAUAGCGAGAAGAUCAAGACCGUGCUGGUCGUCGGGCGGGCGGUGACCGAGACGGAUGAGAAGAGCCUCACUGUUGAGCAGCAGAAGAAGUUGGUACGGAAGCUUGUUAAGGAGAUGAGUUAAGUUAACUAAGGUCGGGCCUAAAAAACAAAACAAAAAAGAAAAAAACUACACCAGUGUAUGUAUGUUAAGGCUAUUUUCUCCAUACUUCAAUGAUACCCCAGCACUUUUCGGUCAGAUUUCGUACUCAUUUUGGCCUUCGAAUAAUUUGUUUAGCGCUUCCGCUAUCUAGCUUAAAAGUGGCGAUCACGAUAUUUUAUCACCGUUAAUAAAGUGAACUUCCUGUGAAGUAUUCUUUGUA